UCUCUCAAUAGAAAUCAGUACUUGUUUAGUUAUUCAUCAGAAAGGAUGAAGUGUCAUGGGUGUAAAAGUGUAGGCGGCUCUGCCUAUGUGCAAAUAGUGUUAAAAAUUAUGAUUGUUUUAAUAUCUGUCAACUGUUACAAUGCUCAAGACCAAGAUACAAACUAUCGUUUACCAAACCAAACGUAUCCACUUAAAUAUAAUAUUGAGCUAACAACACGCAUCCACGAUAAUACCAUCGGUGACAGUCGAUUCCAUUUCGAGGGUAAAGUGAUUAUACAGCUAAUGGCAAUUGGUGAUCCAGAUGCAACAACAAAUGAAAUAACAGUCAAUUAUCGUCAGAUUAAUAUAACCCAUGUUAAACUAUGGUACAUUAUGCAGAAUGACUGGGAAAUUACAAUUUUAGAUGACGCUACAAGUUUUACAGUUGAUCCUCUACGAGAAUUUGUCACAAUUCAUUCUCCACAGCCAUUAAAUGGUACUUAUUUCUUGGAAUUAAAAUAUAACGGUAUAUUGCGAGAAGACAAUGGUGGGUUCUACAGAUCGUCCUAUCGCGAUGACAACGGUAUCGUAAAAUGGCUUGCAACGACCCAGUUUUCACCUACAGAUGCACGGCACGCAUUUCCAUGCUAUGAUGAACCCGGAAUAAGGGCUCCAAUAGCAUUGCGUGUUAUUCAUGGCAAGGAAUAUUCUGUUCUCUCAAACACAAUGCCAAUUGAUGUACGAGAAAGUAUUUGGGAAGGAAUGGCAAUUACAACAUUUCCCGACACUCCAAAGAUGCCGUCAUACUUACUAGGAAUUAUAGUAAGUGAUUUCACAGAAAUAAACCAGCCAAAUUUUCCUCGACAGCUGGCAUAUACUCGCCCGACGGCCUUAAGUCUACCGGUAGCUAACUUUAUAAUUGAAGCAGGAUUUAAAAUACUGGCUGCACUUGAGGAUUUCUUACAGACCUCAUACAUACUGGCGAAACUCUCACACGUAGCCAUACCCGAUUUUUCUCCAGGAGCCAUGGAAAAUUAUGGCAUAAUAACAUACAAAGAAGAAAACUUUAUGUUUCAUUCGCAAAUUUAUCCAAUGAAACAGAAAAAGAAAAUAGCCACAAUUGUUGCACACGAAAUUGGUCACCAUUAUUUUGGUAACUACGUAUCUCCCGCUUGGUGGAGUUAUCUAUGGAUGAAAGAAGGGUUUGCUCGAUUUUUUGAGUAUACAGCAGCACAAAUGGUGUUUCCGGAAAUGGAGAUAGAAAAAAUGUACACUAUUGACAAAACGCAUAAUGUUUUCCAACUGGAUUCACUUAGUUCAUCCCGGCCCAUGACAUAUUACGUGAAUACACAGAGUGAGAUAAGUAACAUAUUCGACGAUAUUGCCUACGAUAAAGGUGGAGCAGUCCUAUUAAUGUUCUACUACACAUUUGGAAAAGAACCAUUUCGUAAUGCGAUGAUACACUAUCUGCACGCUAAUGCUCUACAAACUGGUUCUCCGGAAAAAUUUGCUGCAGCUAUGCAAAUAGCAAUAUUUGAUUCAUUAACAUCUGAUAAUCUUCAGUUUAACGCAUCAUUACUUCUCCAGUCAUGGACAGAGCAAGCUGGAUAUCCAAUACUACACAUCUCUCGAUUCGGUGACGAUUGUUCAUUGCGAAUUGAACAACAAAGAUAUCUGUUGAAAACUAACGAUACAAGCAAUUUGAUUGCAAAAUGGAUAAUACCAUACAAUUUUGCAACAGAAAAAAAUCCCAGUUUUGAAAACACAACCUAUACAGGGUGGAUUACGGAGCAGAGUCAUACAAUCAAACCUACGAACGAUUUGAAUUGGACAUGUGACGAAUGGAUCGUAUUCAACAAACAACAGACAAGUUAUUAUCGCAUAAAUUAUGAUUCUGAUCUAUGGCAUUUGAUCUCAGCAGCUCUUCUACGAAACCGUACAAUAAUCCAUGAAAAUAAUCGAGCACAACUCAUAGAUGAUGCAUUGAAUAACGCACGCUCUGGAAGAUUGCUGUACAUUGUUCCGUUGCAAUUGUUGCGCUACCUGUCGAAUGAAAUUGAUUACAUCCCUUGGGCAGCUGCUGACCGGAAUCUUGGGUUACUAAAUGUUCUUAUGAGAGGUACAAAUAAGUACGAUAUUUGGCAGAAGUAUUGUUUAGAAUUUGUCGAACCAAUCUACAUUCGCAUGGGAAUUACAUCUCUUGACCAGGAUACAUUAGCGCAGCGAUUAACACGAGAAAUAGUGGUGAACUGGGCUUGCAAAGUCGGUUCCCGAAGUUGUCUCAACCAUACAGCAUUUCUUGUAAAAGAAAUAGCUGAAGAUCGAUUAAAGGAUGCUGAUCCUGAUCUACGUGAACCUAUCUUCUGCAAUGGAUUGCGGAAUGCAUCUCUUACAGUAUUUGAUUCUAUUUGGCAACGCAUGCAAGCAUCUCAAGACCAGUCAUACCGAUCCGAACUCAUUCGCUCACUUGGUUGUGUGGAAAAAGAAUCACUAGUUAACAAAUAUCUCGACAGUACGAUUUCUUUGAACGGAACCAAUUACUUUAACCAAGAACGUGAGCGUGUGUUUAUGGCGGUUUACAAAAACGGAGAUUUGAGUAUGGAAAUAGCGAUGAAGUUUUUACUAGUAAACAUGGAUCAAGUUAACUUGCUCUAUAACAAGGGUAAUUUCGGCGGUCGAGCGAUCAGUUCUAUUGUGCGUAACAUGGCGCAACAUAUCACAAGCGAAGACAUGCACACACAAUUACAGGACUUAAUGGAAAAAUUACUAGAAAAGGGGCUUUUGCGAGCAUCCGAUAUGCUACAGGCCUUGGAAUACUCAAGUGAAAAUUUGAUGUGGAUUCAUGAAAGAGGUGCUCAAAUUUCAAAUUGGUUAGAAGAGCAAUAUCCUGCCCAAACUCAAUCUCCGACAACAAUAACAACAACAUUGAAAGAUUCCCCAUCUGAUACUAUUACUCAAACAACGAGAAUGACCCCAACCGAUACUACAACAACGAACGUUACCUCUAACGAUUUGUUGGAAACGUUUACUACAUUAUAUAUAACGACGUCUGCAUUCAUACCGACUUUUAGCAUCACACCCAUGAAUAAUCCACUGCAAACUAAUAAUUCAACUAAAGUUGAUACUGUUACUAAUUAUUCAACUCCAUCAACGAAUUUGAUAACGUCCACUGAAAAUUAUGGUAACAACAAUUCAGUUCGUCUAGUACUUGGAGUAUUUUAUAGCUGCUUUUUAAUCGCAUUUAAUGUCAUACUAUCUGCAAGAAUAUUAUAA